CAGUAGCAGAAUAGUUAACAGGGAGGCAAAUGGCAAGCUGCUGAUGCGGCUGGUCUUUCUGCUCAUUUUCUUCCUGUUGUUUGCCCUGACUAAUGGACUUCGAGUGGGAGCAAUCCGUGGCGCUAUGGGCUCUGGAAUCUACUACGCCUUUGGUGUCUUCAAUUCUCUUAAGGGAUUGUGGAUUCUAGUGUUUGGACCGCUCUACGAUUCUAAGAUACUUUUGAUCAUGUGCAAAAAAUGUCGGAGAAUUCCAGAUCAGAAACAAGAGCCAUGACUCAAAACUAAAGUUCACGCCACCCGGAGGAUCAAGAUGGGACUGCAUUUUAUUUACAUUUGGAAAAAGUGGUACAUUUUUGCAACGUUCUGAUCAUAAAGAGGGCGUAUUUUACUUCCAGGGGAUAUUUAACUGUUAACAUGUAAUAUAUUUAGAUCACCAUGUUUGUUUUUCAGGUUUGUGAAGUUGUUGUGUACAGUUUUGCAUCAUGUUUUGUAUAUUUCUGGAGAAUGGGUGAUGUAGGCUUGUGGGCGGAGCGUUCCCAGAAUCUUACAGCUAAAUGCAAAGAGGGUUUUUAUAAAGCCCAGUAAAGAUCACUAGAUUCAGGAAUGUUUUUGUUUUUAUUAUCACAUGGUAAAAGAAUGAAAUAUGAAUCAACACAACAUUU